AUGGCUUGGAUUAACAUCUUCUUCAUCAUUGUUCUGGUACAGCCAAUUGCUUGCCUUCAUCCGUAUCAUGCUGAAAUGGCCAUUAGCUCUAUUUUGGCCGAAAUGGGUGGAACAUUUACUGUCCUCGACGAUGGCAAAUCUAACUUUGGAAUUCCCGACCGUUGUCAACGAAUAAUCGCGCCAAGGGAUGAUCCUUCCAUUGAUUUACUCCAAGUUUUGGCCAAAGUUCAAAGUUUGUUUGUGGUGGAUUUGAAUUUUGGCCCACGUUUUAUGGAGGCCUUAGCAAUUCCAGAGCUUCAUGAGAUAGCUAUUAUUACUCAAAACCAAAGGCAGGCGUUUCCCUACAUGCUACAACAAAAGGCGACGAUAUUUGUAUUGAACCAAAGUUACGACGAUCAGAUGCUGUUUGAAGUUUGGUCUCCUGGCUUGAACUCGCCAUUAUACAAUUUAUGGAUUGAAGGUCGCGGUGUCCUCAAACCCCUUCCUUACCACUCCCCUUUCACUCUGAAAGGCAUUGACUUGAGAUUUGUGGCUAUCUAUCCUGAUGUAUUGCCUCCUAUGGAGCGAAUGAUUGUCCGCGCAUUACAACAAAAGUACCAAUUUCAACGGAUGACUGCCACCAUCCCGGUGGAUAACUAUGCCUUGAGCAUUUCGGAGUAUCUCUCGAUCCCCAUCGCCGAUCUAAAGCAAUCCAUUUCCAAAGACUGCGAGUUCCACAGCCUUUUUGAUCAGGUUCCUCAACCAAGUGAACAAUAUGAGGAGGGCAUUGAGGAGUAUGAAUACUAUAAUAAUGCCUGGAAAUGGGCUUGCCUUGGGUUUCAACCUAAUAUGAGCCACAUGAUCAAUCGGACCGAAGAGGACUGGGAAAUUCAAUGGGAGGACGAUCUUCUCCGUGGAAAAGCCCAUUUCUCUAUAGGAUUCUUUCCUGUGCAAAAUGACCUCUUCACUUCACUGCUGUACAGGUCUAUCGCAUAUGCCAACUACGAUGAAUAUGCUCUGACGCGAACACCACAACCCAAGAACAACCUAUUGAAUCUCAUGCAAGUUCUGGACCGGACCACGUGGAUCUCUUUGGCCUGUGGAUUGUUACUCUUUGUCGUAUUUGCUUAUGGAUUUUCCCUGGUGUAUAACUUCCUUGGCCUGGGAAACCUUAAAAGGCCGACAUUCAUGGACAUAUUCCUUGUCAUGUUCAGUGGGUUUACCGAACCUGAUCCCAUCCGGUGGUUUAAUAACCAAAACAAAGGAGGGCUCGUGUUGACCCUGACUUGGUCGGUCUUCGCAUUUAUCAUGACAGUGUCCUAUUCCUCAAUGCUCUUGUCAUUCUUGACCUUGCCAUCGUCGGAACAAGUGGUCCAAAGUGAACGGGAUAUUUUGACCUUGGAAAAGACCAUCUUGGUGUAUCCGUUUAAUGAAAAUGGUGCUGAUUUGGAGUACUUGAAAAGUUUUUUCCCUCUGGAUGUGGCAUUGUGGGCAAAUGAUCACAAAGAUAUCCUAUUUUCUAUUGACGAGGAGGAACUCAAAUACAAAAUUUUAACCCUUGGAAAUGUUCUCAUAGAUACAAAGAGGGGCGUUCUCGACGGAAAUUUGUUUUCGGAAUACUUGGAAAAAAUCAGAUUUUCCGCUCAUCCUGUGACCUUUGGAACCAAUGAUGAUUGUUUGGCGAUUGGCAAAGGUUUCCCGUGGACAGACUUGAUUUUGAACGAUAUGCUGCGCAUGUCAGCAGGUGGCAUAUUUGAGUAUUUCUUCUACUUCGGGAUCAGCCCCAAGAACUUGCAGAUUCUUCAGCCCAGGGACACGGCCCAAGUAACGAGCAUCAAUGUUCCCAUCAAUUUGGACCAAGUGACCUUCAUAUUCCUGUUCUGGACAGGUGGGAUGACAAUCAGCGGACUUGUGUUCCUCAUGGAACAAAUCUAAAUCAGAACACGUUCGA